CCUCGCCCGCCCUCGCCCGCGCCCCAUGGGGUCACAGAGUCUGUAGAAGAGCAACGCCAGGACUUCCAGAUGAACAACCGAAAGGAAGACAUGGAAAUCGCGUCCCACUACCGGCACCUGCUCCGCGAGCUCAACGAGCAGAGGCAGCACGGCGUCCUGUGUGACGUCUGUGUCGUGGUUGAGGGCAAGGUGUUCAAGGCACAUAAGAACGUCCUGCUCGGCAGCAGCCGCUACUUUAAGACGCUGUACUGCCAGGUGCAGAAGACGUCCGACCAGGCCACCGUCACACACCUGGACAUCGUCACGGCCCAGGGCUUCAAGGCCAUCAUCGACUUCAUGUACUCGGCCCACCUGGCCCUGACCAGCAGGAAUGUCAUCGAGGUGAUGUCCGCCGCCAGCUUCCUGCAGAUGACGGACAUUGUGCAGGCGUGCCACGACUUCAUCAAGGCCGCACUGGACAUCAGCAUCAAGCCCGAUGCCUCGGACGAGCUCUCAGAGUUUGAGAUCAGCGCCCCGCCGGGCAGCAGCACGGACGCCCUGAUCUCGGCUGUGAUGGCCGGAAGGAGCAUCUCCCCGUGGCUGGCCCGGCGCACCAGCCCCGCCAACUCUUCGGGAGACUCGGCCAUCGCCAGCUGCCACGAGGGAGGAAGCAGCUACGGCAAAGAGGACCAGGAGCCCAAGGCCGACGGCCCCGACGACAUUUCCUCGCAGUCGCUGUGGCCUGGCGACGUGGGCUACGGGUCUCUGCGUGUCAAGGAAGAGCAGGUUUCACCGUCUCAUUACGGGGGGAGCGAGCUGCCUUCCGCCAGGGACGGGGUGAUACAGAACUCCUUCUCAGAGCAGGCCGGAGGGGACGGCUGGCAGCCCACAGGUCGAAGGAAGAAUCGGAAAAACAAGGAGACCGUCCGGCAUAUCACGCAGCAGGUGGAGGACGACAGCCGGGCCGGGUCCCCAGUGGCCUCUUUCCUGCCGACGUCCGGGUGGCCGUUCAGCAGCCGCGACUCAAGUGCGGACUUGACUGUCACCGAGGCCAGCAGCUCUGACGGCCGAGGGGAGAGGGCUGAGCUCUACGGCCACGUGGACGAGGGUCUCCUGGGAGGAGAAGCCAGCUACCUGGGCCCGCCCCUCACCCCCGAGAAGGACGAGGCUCUGCACCAGGCCACGGCCGUGGCCAACCUGCGGGCGGCACUCAUGAGUAAGAACAGCCUGCUGUCUCUCAAGGCCGACGUGCUCGGGGACGACAGCUCCCUGCUGCUGGAGUACCUGCCCAAAGGCACCCACUCCCUGUCCCGCCCUGGCACCAGCCCGACUCACUCUUGGGGGGAUGCUGAUCGCAGAGCAGAAGCCCCUCCCUCUGGCCCCUGCACCUGCACCCAGAGCCCGGGAUGCCCGCUCUGGGGAAUGGCCAGACCAAGCCCAGGACGGCCCUGCCCCCCCGGCCCAGAUCGAUGCCCCUUGACACCUGGAGCCCUGGGCUCGGCAGCGAGGCCCACUCUGGAGUUGGCCCCAGCCGGCCCCAGGGUGGGCCUGUGUGGGGGCCGCGGGCCUGCCCAGGGGGCCUGGGGCCAGCUGCCAGCACGCUGCAUGGCCAGCGCGCCCCCCGGGCCUGGUGGGCUCACCUGUGGAGUCGGCAGAGGAGCCACGAGGGAGGCGCCCUAUGGAAUCCGAUGCCUGUGCCACGUAUGACAGCUCCGAGGCUGGAGAGGCCUGCCCGGGCGUCGGUGUCUGCGCCCCAGCAGACGUGCCCACGCGCCUCUGCCGCAGCCAGGCCUGCUGUUCAGGUUCGGCGGCUACCAGGUGACGGCAGACCCACGUCAGGACGGGGGCAGCUGCGGAGCCGGACUAGGUGUCGGCGUGAGACUUGCAAGCUUAGCUACGGGCUGCGUCCUCUGCCGGCAGCUGGUGGAGGCCUCUCAGGGCCCCGAUGGGCAGGGGGGACGCGUGCGCUCCAGCCUCCUGGCGACGGGGCCUGCGUCCACCGGGAUCCCAUAGGAUCGCCGCCUGUGGGCCCAGAAGAGCACGCCGCCGUCCCUGGAGAAGGGAACCGAGUCGCUCCGACCCGUGUGAUACCCCGAAAUCCAAGGACAGAGCUGGGCCGCAAUGUUCUUGGAACGACGUCGCCCACGUUCCCCUCUGAGUGUGAGGGAGACGGCCCGUCCGCUCACUAUGCGCAGCGGGUGGCCGUGGCCGUGGGGCGCUGUCCAGGCCACAGAGGCUCCCGUCGGCCCAGCCGCUCGUGGCUCCUGAGGACGGAAGCAGGCACCCCAGGGGCUCGGGAGCGGCCGGAGGCGGAUGUGGGCCAGAGGUCUUCCCCUCCCGCGCCCGGCGGUGGUCGGGGAUCGCUCCCGCUGCCCCUGCGCAGGCCUGGCGCUUGCUGAGCGAGCUCUGAAGACCCAGCAGAGCCAGGUGUCCCGAGAGGCUUAGGGGGUCGUGAAGAGGCCCGCUGACGCAGGUCACCCUCCAAGAGGUCCAGUCCUCGUGGCUUCAUCUGGGUCCCGGUUUGCUUCUGAAGGGUCUGCGGGAUCUUUGAGCUGUGAGGUCUCGGAUUGCUUGUCUACGCGUGGACGCACUGUGGCAGAAGCAGCCUGAGUGCCCGGGUGGGGACACGGAGGCCCAGUGGGUGCUGCUCCUUGACUUCUCCCAGGGUGGGUGGAGUGGGGGCCGGGGGCUCACAGGGACGCCUCACAGGCUGGGGCGAGUCUGUGCUAUUGAACUGAAAGGCUUUCGUUUAAAAAAAAAAAAAAAAAAAAGCUUCUGUUAAAAUUUUAAAACAACGUGGCACCUGGUUGGCUCAGUGGGAAGAGUGUGCGAGUCUUGAUGUCGGGGUUGUAAGCUUGGGCCCCACCUUGGGUCGGGAGAGCUCAAAAAUAAACAAAAAAAAUCUUUAAAACUUUAAAACAGUUGAAACGUUUCGGACAGAUUCCAUAGUAUCUGAAAGAACUAGGUCGUGGUAGGUGGUCCUACGGUAGGGGCGCCGGAGACAGUUUUAGAACAGAGGCUGUUUGAUUUUGUUCUUACGUCGAACGUAAUUUCCCUUAAAACUGCACAGGCGUGUAACAUUGACAUUUUCAGCACGUGGGUUUAGAAAUUCCACAUCUUCCAUUUUGUUGAAUUUCUCGUUGAAAUGUCAUAGCUCAUGAUGAAUUCCAGAGGGUUUUUUUUUAAAGAAACUUCUCAAUGGAUCACUAAUCUCUCUUGAACACAGAGAAUCUCAGUAAUAAAAGGCUCUUACUUAGGUGUGUUUACCGGCACGUAACGUGCUGCACGUCUGUGUUCACGUCGGGCCUUUCAGUGUUUUUUACCGUGUUCGUAUGGUAGGAAGUGAGAGACGCCACAGACUCGGCGUCACGUUGUGGAUGCGUGUGCGUCUGCACGGACGUGCGCAGAAGUGAAGGCUGCUGCUCACUUAGGGAUGUUGAUUUGCCAUUUUAGAUCGCAUUUAUUUUUUUUAUUUUUAUUUUUUUAGAUCGCAUUUAGAAUAAAUGACCUAGGGGCCCCUGGCUGGCUCAUUCGGUGGAGCAUGCAACUCAUUGAUCUUGGGGUCGUGAGUUCAAGCCCUCACGUUGGGUGUAGUGUUUACAAAAUAAAAAGCAACCAAAAAACAAAA